UCAUCUUGAGCCGGAUCCAGGCAAUCUCCAAGAGCACGAGGCCCCAGCAACUGGUAAGGAGGGAGAAGAGAGUGGUACGGAAAGUUCAACCAGCCGCUAGCAUCAGGCCGUUAGUCGCCGUUAGUAGUUGCAUUCGCAGCCUUGGCAGCAAAAUGACCAGCACGGCAAUAGACUUCGGUCAGGUCAGUUACCUUUUGGUUACGGGAGCAUCACGUGGUAUAGGACAGAGGAUGGCAAUCGAGACGUCACGUAAAUUCAAACCGGGUUCCAUUGUCGUAUUACUGGCGCGUUCGGCAUCAGGACUAGAAGCGACCAGAACCGAGAUUUUGGAGAGCAAUCCGCAUAUCAAUGUGGUUACCAGCUCAGUAGAUUUGAGUAAUGCACCCAAACAGUUGUUGGAUGACAUAAUUGAUAAGUCACUUGCGAAAACUCCAAUCGGUAACUUCGGAUUGGCUGCAAUUAUUCAUAAUGUUGGAACAGUUGGUAAUGUGGAACGGAAGGCGGCCGACAUGAACGAUCGGCAGGAAUGGGAAGACUAUUUUGCAACCAAUCUGUUCACAGUGGGUGUGUUGAACAGCUGCUUUUUACACAAGUUCAAAGAAUGUGCCAAAAAAUUGGUAGUUAAUAUUACUUCGAAAGCCUGUCUGAUUCCAUUUAAAAGUAUGGGAUUCUACUGUGCCGGCAAGGCCGCUCGCGAAAUGUACUUCAAAGUUCUAGCGGAUGAGGAAAGCGAUCUGGUUGUGCUAAAUUACUCUCCCGGUCCAGUUGAUACCGAAAUGACCGUAGAUAUACAAGGCCGCUCCAAUGCGGAAGAGAUUCGUAAUUACUUUAAAGGCCUUCGCGAUACAACCACAAUUCUUACGACUCAACAAACAACGGAGAAGUUUUUGACCAUUCUUGAGGCCGGUCACUUUAAAUCAGGAGAUCACGUUGACUAUUAUGAUUGAAUCAUUCCUUUUGUUAUUUGUUACUUUUUUGUUGCUUUCUACUGUGUAAAUGCUGUUUUGAAUCUUCAUAUAUGUAAUCAAUAUAUAUGCAUU